CAGAAAUUCAAACACUAGGAGCUGCUGGUGACAAUACCUCUGAUAGAAUCGGGAAAAUGUCGAAAGAACAGAAAGAUCCGAAGAACUAGCGUCAUUGGCAGGAAUUGGGAAAACUGUCGUUGAAUUGGAUAGUCUGGAGCAUUACAAGAUUAAGUGUUUUGAAUUGUCUGUGGAGCUUGAGAAGAAGAAAGUGGAGUGCACCACACUCCAGAGUAAAUUGGCGGAGGUAGGAGAAACUAGAAAGACUUCUGUUGCAGAUGGGACUGACGGGACACCCACGGAUGCUACUGAAUGUUGGAGGAAACUGUUUUUUGAUAUGGCAGAAUGUGUACAGUCUCGCAUUUCGGAUUUGGAGAGCAUACUCCUGAGGAUGGAAAAUAAAAUUUCGACACUGGUGGGAUGUGUAGAGUCUCUCAUAAGGAGUGGAAAAGAAAAUUCAAUAUUAAGGUGUGUUGAACUGCGUGAUUCUGAAAAGAUAGAGUCCGGAGCGCAAGGUUCGCAAAAUGCCGUUACUCGAAGUGGUGAAAACCAAAUAGAUGAAAACAACAGGAGCAGACCUAAUGCUGAAACCAGCAGUGGAGGGAGGAAGGAUUUUCAUGUGUAUCAGUGUAAAGAGAAGGUGCUGAAUGUGUAUGAUGUUGGUAGUCUACAUUUAUCAAGUGGGGGUGAAAACGUUAAAGAAGGGAAGGGUUGCGGCUGUCCGGAGGAGAGACCAUCUCCACAUCAUCUGGAAAUGAGUACGCAUUCUUUUGUGAACUUGGUCUCAGAUGAUAACAGUGUUGAAAUUCUUGGGGAAUUUGAAGAUUCAGAUGGUUCUACUGAUUCAGAAGGUUCUCUUGGGGCCCUUAUGGACAUGCUGGCGAUGAAAUAUAGGAAUAGGAACGAAGACAAAGAUAUAAAAUGGAAGUUUGAGGCUGAUAUGCUUUCAUCAUUUGAAGAGGAUCCUGGGCUGUGUAUGAAAGCUGUUUGUGCUCUAUAUCGACAGCAGAUAUGUGAAGACAAAAUAUCAGACAAGGGGUUGUUCCAUAACAGCGAUGCACUCAGGUGUACUAGUUUGGCCAAGUUUCUAAUGGAUGAGGACUGCGAAGGUGGCCUGAACAAGUCUGUCGAAGAGUUGGAGAUAUUCGAUUCUAAUGCAGUUGACGACUGCAAGAGGCUGGCUAGAAGAUACUCUACGCAGUUAUUCAGUAUUUAUCAAAACGGAAAAGAUCCUUUUUUCCUUCCAGCUACAACUGCCAGCCAUGGAGAUGAAACCGCCAAGUGA